AUGGUGUUAACGUUAUGGUCACUUCGUUCCAAACACACUAAAGCAUCAAAUUAUGAUUUGGAAAGGAUAUACCAGGGAAUAAGCAACUAUUUCACUCUGAAAAUCCAUCAUGGUGGGAUAUUCACGAAAAGCCCUGGGAGAAGGUACGUAGAUGGAACAAUAGACUAUGUUGACUUCGUAGAUAUUGACGUUUUCUCUGUGCAUGAGUUGGAUACAAUGGUUCGAGAAAUAGGGUACGUAGAAGGGCAAACUUUGUAUUAUCAUUUUCUUAUUCCAGAAGUAGAGUUGGACAUUGGUCUGUUACCUCUAGGAAAUGAUGGGGAUGUGCAUGUAUUGUCAAAUUAUGUGGAAAAAAAUAACCUUUUAAGUAUCUACAUAGAGCAUGGGCAUACAAGGGUUAACAGUUAUUUUUUGUCCCCCACCAAGGUUAUUAUUGAGGAGUUGGUUACUGAUGUAUCCCCUGAACUAGAUAGGAACCAAAAGAAGGGAAAAGUUGUUGGGUCUUCUAGGAAAAAAUUAGAAUACUCCCAGUCCAUUGUGCCAUAUGGAACAUUUGAUGGACCUUCACAAGUGAUACAGGAUAGUGAGCCAGUUAUGGAUGAUGAGCCAGUUAUGACUGAUGAGCCAGUUUUGAAUGAUGAACCAGUUAUGAAUGAUGAACCAGAUUUGAAUGAUGAACCAGUUAUGAAUGAUGUACCUGUUAUGAAUGAUGUGCCAAUCAUAGAUGACCAAUAUGAUGAGCCAGUUAUGAAUAAUGAUCCAGUUGUAGAUGAUGAAUAUGAUUGUGAGGAUAGUGCAGAUGAAAGUGAUUUUGAUAGUCAGCAUGAUGCAAAAAAAUAG